UACAAUGGAGUAUGGAUAGACCUAUCCUCACACAGCCAUCUCCUUCCCGAUAUACAGACCCCAGGUCCCCGAGCACCCCUAGAUCCCCUCGGGACCCAGACCCACCCCCCAGGGACAUUGCUUUCCUUGAGGGACAGGAUGAGUUGAGGAUAUACCAGCAGUUGGACUUACUGGACGCUACCUUUUGAAGACUAGUUUUGAGCGGUACAACACCUACACUAUAUGUAACGCUGACGAUGCAGCCUGUUACUUUGCAAAGGAAUCAAGUGAGACAAAAUGGCGGAUCUGCCUCCAUCAACGACCAAUGACAGUGGAGAUUAAGGACAACUAUGGAAGCGUCGUGAUGCGAUUGGACAGACCCUGGCGGUGCCGCGCCAGUUGGUUGUGUUGUUGUCACUUACAGGAAAUGUUCAUAGAACGACCGCCAGGGGUCGUAUUGGCAUCGGUCACAGAGAACUGGACGUGUUGGCGGCCUGAGUUUGACAUCUCUCUGUCUGGGCAGGGAGGCUUCAUGUUGAGGGGGGCCUGGUCCUCAUGUCGCUGUGGAUCACGCAACAGAUUAUAUGUGUACGACCGAUCUGAGGAGAAAGUAGCGGUUAUUUCCAAAACGUACGAGACCUGUACAGCGAGAUGUGCAUUCCUGAAUGACUUCAAGAUCCAGUACCUGUCGCCGCUGUCAGCCCAGGACAAGAUGCUCAUUCUUGGGGCGGCAUUUCUUGUGGACUUCAACUACCUGGAACUUCGAGUGUGACGUCAUUGACACUACUCCACACCACGUGACCACGCUGUGUCAUCGGCGUACCUUAUAUAACCGUAUAUAAUAUCGGACAAGGAUCUAUUAUAUAUCUGCUCGAUGUGCUUGUCAGAUACUCAUAUGCAAAAGUGAUCAAACUAAUGUUGUGUUUAUGUUCAGUCAAACCCCGUUGUGUCGAAGUGAUCUACGUAAAACUUCGAGUAAUCCGAAGUUCGACACAACCACAGAAUGAUAACUAAAGAAGAAAAACGCAGGGCCUCAGGGGACUUACUGACACAAGGCUGUUUGACUGUACAUAAAUAUCUUCCACUCGAAGAUAAAGCUGAAAAUAUGUAGCAGAACAAAUUCUUCUGUUCCUGAAACGUCUAUCAUUUUAAAUAUGUAUACUUGUACAUAGGCUGUAUAUUGAAAGGCAAUAUGUAACUAUAUAUGUAUAUAAGACGUGUCUAUUGCUUUACGGUAUGUGUAAUGAAAUCUGUCCCUCUGUAUAAAAGGUAACUAGCCUCAA